AGGAGUAAAAGAGAGAGGAAAUAUGAAAGUAAUCAAAGAAUAAACCGUAAGAAAAAUUGGACAGUAAUUCUUGUGAGAAUUUUACGAGGGAACUGUCAUUCUUCCGCUUAAGAAACACAGGAUGCGUAUUAAACUCCUUUUCUUAACGAAUGCAUUUCUUACAUUCGCAACUGAUAUUCCAUGGGCAAACAAUUACCGAUUUUACGAAGAUGAUCAGCAAUUAACGACAUAUAGAAAAAACGAUUCUAGGCUUCCAAUAAAGAGGCAUAACGAACAAUUACAAGUGCACAAAAAUAACGAGGACAAGUUAAUAAUGAGUGAACGAAUGAAAACAAAACAGGAAGAAGACAUAGGCCCCUGGAAUUUAUCUAAAGAUACAGAUCGUAUACAGUUUCAAAUAGAAGGUCACGAAGGGCCCCAAACGUACAUUUUUGGAUUUGAUACUGGAUACGGAAAGAAUAGACAAUACAGAUUGGAAGAAAGGCAUCGCGAUGGUACUAUAAAGGGACAAUAUGGUUACUAUGAUGCAAAAGGAAAAUUAAGGAGAGUUCGAUAUGUUGCCAAACCUGUAGAAGGAUAUACAGAAAUACACCACGAAAGUAUCACACAAAAGAUAAAAAAUUAA